AUGGCGGCGGCGUCGCCGCCGAGUGAAGAGACGGCAGGGAAGAUGAGGAAGACAAUGUCGACCAUGAAGCGAUCAGGGUCGUUCAUGAACUUCUCUACGUCUCUGCUUUCCCUCAAUUCGUCGGCUGUGGUGAAGGAAGGUAUGGUGCAGGUGCGGUGCCAUGAUAAAUCGUGGAGGACGUGCAGGAUGUUGUUUACAAACAAGCGUCUCGUCAUGUACGACGAGAACGGCGCUGUAGAAGAAGAUAUUGUACUGAACGACAUCUAUCGAGUCCGUCGUGGGAGGAUCGAGCCUUUCGUCGAGAAUAGAGCGAGCAUUCUGUCACGAUGGAAGGAGAUCUUCGACAGAUGGGAUACGAACCAUUCUGGGACAUUGGACAAGGCCGAGAUGAGAGCAGUAUUUGUGGAGUUGUCGAUGAAUUGCUCAGAUCAAUACAUGGAUUAUUUGUUCUCCAUGAUCGGGGAUGAAGAUUGUGAGCACUUCACUUUCGAGCAGUUCGCUCACUUUCUGGAAGAGGCGUCUAGCAAUAAGUCCAAGUACAACCUUCCUGGUAACAUGCGAUCUGACUUACUUUCAUUCAUCGCAUUGAAUGAUGUCGACACCAAGGUCUUAGAAAUCAUCACGAAGAAGAACAGCAGAUGUCUGGGGAAGUCUUUCGAGAUCAAACUCGACGAUCCGCAGGCUUGCAUGGAGUGGAUGGGAGUGUUGAAGGCAACGAUAACUGAGGCGAAUCAUGUUCAUAUCUAUGUCUCCAAGAACCAGAUCGGCCUAUUGCAAGAGAAGAUAAGGUUGUUUUACAACCACACGGCUGUCCAGGGAUUUUUUGUUGCCCUCAUCCUUCUCAAUUUUCUCUGCAAUGCCAUACAGAGCGAGGUGGCGAAUUCGCCAGGGUCUCAUGUCAGCAAGCUUUUCGAUACGUUCGAUCUUAUCUUCACGAUAUUCUUUACUUUGGAACUGGUGGUGAACGCGUUUGCUCACUGGUUUUGGCCCUUCAUCACCAGCGGCUGGAACCUCUUCGAUAUCUUCAUCGUUGCUGGAUCACUGCUUGUGUUCGCUGUUGAGAACCUUCCAGGUGUCAACGUUCUUCGUAUGAUGCGUGCGUUCCGAGUCGUGAGGCUGUUCGGACGGCUGAAGAGCCUCAGGCUCAUCAUCAACGCGCUGAUAGGAAGUCUCAUUCCUGUCCUCAACGCCUUCGUCAUCCUCACCCUCAUCUCUGCUAUGUACGCCAUCCUGGCUGUCGGCUUCUUCGGGCAGCAGAACCCGGAGCACUUCAGCAGCUUCUCGCUCUCCCUCACUUCUCUCUUCUCCAUCGCCGCAGGCAUGUCGGACGGAUGGGCGUUCGACUAUCCCGGAGCCAUUGACUCCAACGGGAAUCAAGUGCCGAGCUUGACAGGAGGACUUUUCUUCAUCUCCUUCAUCCUUGUCGUGGGGUGGAUCUUGCUGCAGGUGGUUGUCGCCGUGCUCCUCGACAACUUCACCUCCGCCUCGGAGAGGGAGAAGCAGAAGCUCCUCCUCGAGCGUAUCGAGAAGAACGGCAGAGUCAAGGACAUCCGCAGCCUGGACCCGCUCCUGUCCUCCCUGUCUAUCUACGAUUCUCAACAGGAGCUGACGAGAAGGAUCGACACGAUCUUUGGCAUUGUUGAUAUCAAGAACGUCGGCUGCAUCUCACGGUCAGAGUUGCAGGCGGGAGUGACGCUGAUCCCCGUGUACCCGACGAUCAAGAUGUCAAACCAGGACGUGAAGGAAUUCUUCAAGAGCGCCGGGGGCGGAGAUGAGACGCUGGCCCUCAACCGCGAAGAGUUUGAGAGGGCCAUUCGGAUGCAGAUCUUUGAGUUCAUGCAGAGACACAUCUUUAACGCCAUGCAGGAGGAGGGACCCGGUUGGAACAGCACAGUCCUCUUCGUCCUCAAGUCUGUUCUUGUUCAGCUCCAGGACAACUACCUGUACGACUCCCGCUCCUCCUCCUCCACCACGAGCUCGAGGAUGGAGGACCUCCCGUCCAUGCUUGAGGCCAGGAUGCAACAGCUCGAGCACAACAUCUGCGAGAGAAUGGAGGAAUCGCUCAGGGCAAUGCAGGAGAAGAUGCAGGAAGAGCUCGCCAGGUUGACGGGAGGAGAACAGAAACAGAAAUUACGUCCUGCUCCUCGCAACAAUCCUCUCAUCGCAGAGAUCAAGAACCAGCUCGGCGUCUCCUCAAUCUUCAACGGCAGUCAGCCCACCACAAGUAGGGAGGAGGCCAAGGCCGAUCCUCCCCCCUCUACCCACCAGGCUGCGGGCGCUGGAUCUGAGAGGCUGGAGCAUGAGGUGGCAGCGGUGAGAGCUCUACUCAAGACCUUCUAUGAGGAAGAGGCUCCUUCGCAGCUGGAAAGAGUGGACGAGCUCACGGCCAGCUACAGGAGGGCUGGAGGAGGAGCCGAGAGCUUUGACAGCCUCAAUCGCCUCCUGCAGGGCAAGCACGGCAAGACCCUUGGGAGCUUCGAGACGCUGCAGCAACCGCAACCAGCCCACCUGCUGCCAGCAAGAGACAGCACGAGGAAGGAGAGUAGAACGUCCACCUUGCAGUUGACCGCACGGCGCGGCAGCACACCUGGGAGGAGUGACGGCUUCCUUGGCUCCAGGAGCAGCAGCAUGCGAAAACUUCACCAGAGUUUCUUACCGAGUUACCUUGAUCCCUCCUCCCUAGAGAACUCCUUCAACCAGGUCUUCAACGGCUUCGGAUUCAACAGCCAAGCACGACAGUCUCAAUGA